AUGGCUUCACAAGAUAUUCCCGUCACUAACGAUAGUAUGGGACAGCCUCUUUCAGCGAAGAACCAAGUUCUUACUGCUGGUGCUGCUGUGACACAAGAGUUUCGACCGACGAAGCAUAUUUGUGCUCAUCUCAACGCUUUUCACGCUUACGCCGAUGAUCCCUCACGCUUUGUAGAAACAAAUCACUACUGCGCCCAUCUAAACGAGGACGUCCGCCAAUGUCUCCUCUACGACUCCGAUGAGCCCAACGCACGCCUCAUAGGAGUAGAAUACAUGAUCACGCCGAAACUCUACGAAACACUCGACAAAGAAGAGCGUCAGCUCUGGCACUCGCACGUAUACGAGGUCAAAUCGGGGAUGCUCAUCAUGCCAAACCGCGCUGUCCCCGAAAGCGCGUGGCAGAUAGCUGAGAACUACGAGAUGGACCAGGUGGUGCACUUGUACGGAAAAGUGUAUCAUCUGUGGCAGACGGAUCGAGGAGAUACGUUGCCGCUGGGACCGCCGAAGCUGAUGACGAGUUUCACGGCGGAUGGGCAGUUUGACUUUGAGAAACAUGUUGGAGAGAGGGAUAGGAGGUUUGGGACGGAUUGGAGGAUUAAGAAAGAGGCGAGGAAGGAUAUUCCGGAGCCUGUUAUUCAUGGGGAUGCGGAUCAGGCUUGGAAGAAGGGCAACUAG